UGGCAGGCGUGUGCCGAUGGCAGAACUCUGGAAAAGCGCGAUGCGAAACCGAAGCUGGGUCCGACUGGUUUUUACACUUUUGAUGUGCUCAACGCUGGCACAACCUAACGAUAUAGCCACGAAGAGCGUCACCAUCAGGAAGAUUGCGCCGUGCCCGUCGACAGGCAGAAAACUUGCCAUAGUCGUCGACGAUGUAAUAAUUGCACGCUCAAGAGGAAAUGCUCAAAGCGUGCGCGCGACGCUCGACGUAAAAGAAGACAUCAAAAAUCAGUCCUAUAUGAUAGGAGAUAUCAUCAAGUGCGACGUAAAUGGCAAUCCGGAUCACUGCGAGUACGUCAUUAAGAAUUACAACAUGACUAAUGUGUGCGAGUUUAUCACUGCAAAAGACGAAGUCUGGUCGGUUGCUUUCGAGAGCUUAGACCAACCAUUUAAUUGUCCCAUCAAAAAGGGUUUUUAUCAAAUGAAAGAAGUUCUAGUAUCGAAAGAAAUGUUGGAAUUUGCGCCAUCAAGCAAUGCAAUUUGGAAAGCACAGUACCGAGGAUACGAAGGCAACGUGAAUAUUUUUUGCGUCGAUCUAGAGAUGCUUGUAAAAAUGGUGCAUCCGCGCACGGGGCGCGGAAGGCGUCAAUAGUCAUAACCACAUCCGAGUCUCGGGUUGCAACUGUAAGCUUGCAGCUUGAACUGACUCGAGUCGUAGUAAUACUAGCGAGAAUAGGGGCAUUGUUUGGGGAGGUGCACAAAACUGUUCGGGGUACGCUUGGGACCUCCGGCGAGGUCAUGGAGUCACAUGUUUGGCUAGUCCUAGAUAGUCCUCGCGCUCUAGAUGCGCGCAGGAUACACGAUACGGGAGGACAACUUCCGCAUAUUCCCGGCAUUCACAACCUAUGAUGGCGAGCGCCGGGCGCAUAGUAAAUGUUCCUGUGGUGGCUGUAACCACACUCUGCACGACGACUUGCCGAACAUAAAAAUUCUUAAUGCAAGCGUACUUGUAAAACACAAUAAAAAUAAAUCCAUAAAAUGUGAAAUAUUUUCGAUGUUUUAAAUAUUUAUAAAACAUUGGUACGCAAUAAUUUUCAUCCAA